AUGGCUCAGUGGCUCUGUCGACGCUUCGGGAGGCUCUUUCGGCAGCCAUCCCCUCCGUCGGAUCUGGGAAGGUUCGCUCUUCCUGCGGAGAUAAUCUUGAUGAUCACGUCGCAUCUUGAUGGUCUUUCCACGACAUUCCUCGCCUUCACUUGCCGAGAUCUAUAUAGCCUCUGUACUCCUGGACAGCUGGUGUUGACUGCGGCGGAGAGGACCCAGUUAUUGCAGUACCUUGAGGACAACAUCGCUGAUGCUUAUUUCUGUCGGUAUUGUGGGACACUGCAUCGCUGGCACGGGUACUGGAGUCAUUCUAUCUUGCGUUGGAUCUCAGAGCACACACCGCGCCAGCAUAGCGGAGAUGACAUAUAUUUCUCACCAUUCAUCCAAAUCCCGUUUUCGCAUGCGCACUUGGUCAUGAAACGACACUUUCGCGGCUGCGAACACGGUCCACUUCCAACCUUCCUCGACAAGCAAACACAUACGGAAUAUCACAGAAACGGUGUCAAGCAGUCCUCAGCUCGUCACGCACGCAUCGUCCAUGAUCAAUUGCUGGUAAUGACAAAGAUCAUCGUUUCUCAACGAGAACGCGAUUCGAAGAGCUUGCGAGAGAAUAUCAAACAUACAUGUCGACCCAUUUGUUGGCAUCUGUAUGCAUCUCGUGACCCUCUGUUAACGCAGUCCCCCAAGCUUGCCAUCCAGGCAGAUACUCCCGAAGCAUCCCCCUUUCGGACGAUUCAACUCGGUCGUGUCCAAUCUGCCACACAGACUACAGUAUCAAUGUAUCUUGGCAAGGCCAAAGCGAAGGCUACGUUUUCGAGAUAUGCAUCUAUAGCCAGCUGGGCAGCUGUCGAUCGCCACUCGAUUGGAGCUGGCUGA